AUGGGGAAGACGACUGACUGCCCUUAUUGCGAUCGCCGUUGCAGCACUACCUUCAACCUCAAUCGUCACGUCUUAAACGUUCACGGAGUAAAGUUUAACGACAACGGUAACUUCGCCUGCUGUCACUGCUUCACCAACCAUCGACAUCUCGAAGACUUGGUGGCACACCAUGAAACUACUCACGGCUUCCCUGCAAAAUAUGAAAUGCGGGAGUUUCCGUCGAUGGAAAAGUUUAGAGAGUGGAAAGAAGAAAUGGAGAAGACUACACACUCCAGAUUUUCGGCGUCUACGGGCUCAAGGACAGCUGCUGAUGGCAUCCAGAAGUGGUACCUUAAGUGCCAUCGAUCAGGCACAUACAUUCCAAAGGGAACCGGAGCAAGACAGCUCAAAUCACAGGGUAGCGUGAAAAGCGGUGGAACAUGUCUUGCACACAUGAAAGUCUCAAAGGAUGGCCCACUAGUGACGGUCAAAUACCAGAGCUCACACCUAGGGCAUGAUUUUCAACUAUGUCACACCACUCUCUCUACGUCCGAAAAAGCUACCAUUGCAGAAAAACUGCAAGAAGGGGUGACCCUGGAUGCUGUUCUGGACAGCAUACGAAGUAAUUUGGAUGGAAGCCUACAGAGGAUACAUCUGGCAACACGACAGGACCUCCACAACAUUAUGAGAGAUUUUAAAAUUACGUAUAAUGAAAAAUUACAUGAAAAUGACUACGUCAGUGUGGCCUUAUGGGUUGCAAAAAUGAAGGCGGAGCAUCACAACCCGGUCCCCUUUUUCAAACAACAAAAUGAGCAGGACGACCCAGCAGUCUUAAAUCGCACGCAGGGUGAGCUACUAGAUGAGAGAUACUUUCUUCUUGUCAUCAUGACGCCACCACAAUGUCAGCUCCUCACGGCCCUUGGCACAGACAGGAUAUGCAUUGAUGGCACCCAUGGCACUACAGGUUUCGACUUCGAACUUGUAACACUGCUCUGCGUUGAUGAGUUCGGCUGUGUAAGGGAACAGACAGGAAACCUGCAUGUCAAAGCAUUUAUGAGUGAUGAUGCACCAGCAUUUUACAAUGCAUGGAAAGACACGAUGGGAAGUGCAGAGCGACAACUCCUUUGUACUUGGCACAUAGACAAAAACUGGAGAGAGAACAUCAGGAAGCACUUAAAGGACAAGCAGGCACAGGAAUUCACAUACAAGGCUGGAGGUGUUUGCAUAGGCUCGGCUGUUGCUUCCGUUCUCUCUGAAAUUGAAAGAAACGUUGUGUCUUUCUGGCAAUUCUAA